CCCCGCCCCUAUGGCAGCUGUUCCUUUGUCAAGAAGUGAUGAACCCAUGGUAGCCACACCUCCAACAUCACAUACCAGUGAAGGUCAUCUAAUUCAGCCAGUGGCCACUGUUAAUCCAGGUGUUGUUGAUCUUGAGCUUAAAAUUGAUCGAUAUCCUGAGCUACAAGAAAUUGCCAAUAAUUUGCAAGGAAAGUAUGAUUUCCUUGUUUCUGCACUUGAAAAAUCACUUAAGGAUCAUCACAUUGAUGUAAAAAGGGCAAAAAGGUUGAUAGAAAGAUGCCUAAUGACAAAAGCUGGUGUUGUUUCUGAGUUGAAGCCCUGUAUUGAUAUUUUUGAGAAAGCAAAUGAUUUUGAAAGCUUUUUUGACUUUUUAAGUAAAUACAAGUUUAUUGGUUACAUCAAUUACAAGCUAUUGAAGAAACUAGCUGAACUAGUUAAAGAUGAUGAGAUUAAUAACCGGUUUUAUGAAUAUGAAAAAGAAUAUACCAAGUUAUUAAGUUCAGCUUCCUUUCAAGAUAUUAUACCAUUACUUGAAAGAAAAUCUGAGCUGUCUCCUACUGCUCCUCUUGGAUUACCUUAUGUUUCCUUUCGUCUUGAAAGGCCUUGGUUACACACUGUCGUUUAUACCUGGAUCUCAACCUUUGGUGAAUUUUCAUGGUCUUAUUACGCACUUCUUAAACAAUUAAGAGAGAACUGUGUUAUCAUCACUUAUGCUAUACUACCAUGUGUUCUUGAUGAUGUCAUCAGAGAUCUCAACGAUCCAGUGAUACUGAAAAAGCUAGAGGAUAAAGAUGUUACUGUCACUGAAAUUAUUGAGUCACCACAAAAAGAGGAAGGUAUUAAAGAAAAGGAAAGGUUCAUAAAAAAGCUAAUGGAAAAUCUUCAAGCCACAGAAAAAGAGUUGAAGGAAGUCAAAGAAACGCAUGAAGACUACAUGAGUAAAGCAAUGGAUGAGAACGUAAAGAAAGAUAGGCAGAUUGCCCAAUCAGUGAAAAAAACCCAAAAUCUACAGGAAAAGCUUGAUGAGAAAAAAGCAGAGCUUGAUGAGAAAAAAGCAGAGCUUGAUGAGAAAAAAGAUAAACUCAAGCAGCAUGAGAGAGAUCUUGAGGAUACCAGCAGUGAACUGAAAAUAAAAGAUGAGCUAUGCCAAAAGGCAAAGGAGGAACUGGAGGAAGAACAAAGAAUAUGCGGAGAAAAGAUAGAAGAAGCAAAUACGAAUUAUGCUCAAAGAAAGAAGGAGACACAGCGUGACAUGGAAGAACAGCUACAAAUUUUAAGACAAGAGAGCAGUCAGGCUUUAGCAUUGAAAGGGAUGGUUAGUGCAUUGGUCAAUGAGUUAGUCGAAAUGGGACUCAUAAAUGUUACAAAUGUGGUCACCGACGUGAAAGAUAAUAUGACAGACAUGAAGUCAGGAAUGAAACAAACAGCUCAAAAAAUAAAAGAAACCCAGAGACAGAUGUCCGAUAAGAUGAAUGAAACAACAGAAGAGCUGAGCAAGAAGAUGGAAGAACAGGGAACGGCCUUCAGAGAUGAAGUACAGAGUACGACUAGCAGGUUGAAGGAUGAACUGGCAGCAAAAACGGAUGAACAAGUAGAAGGAAUGACUGAAAAAAUCAAGACAGAUGUCAAAGAGGCAAUAAUAGCAAAUAUUGUAGCAUCUUCAGCACCAGUACAGGAAACAACCUACACUGCCUUUGAAGAGGAUCAGAACCCACAUGACCAAGAAACCUCUCACCAUAUAUUAUCAAGUUCCAGCUCUAACUGUGGUAAUGAUACAUACUCAAUGCAAGAAACUCAUGAUAUACUACGUGAAGAUCCUACAAUAGCUUCUAAG